CCUGGGGGAGCUUGAGCCAUGCGGCGGAGGUUUCUGCUUUGGCUCCGGAGCUUGCCGUGCUUCUUGCUGGCCUUGGCGGGACCCACUGCAGGUUCUCGGCCUCGUCUUGAGGAUUUCUCUCCAAGGAUCAUAGAGCAUCCCUCUGACCUCAUUGUGUCCAAAGGGGAACCGGCAACAUUGAACUGCAAAGCGGAGGGACGGCCCACUCCUAUCAUUGAGUGGUACAAGGAUGGGGAACGUGUGGAAACGGACAAAGAAGACCCUCGGUCUCAUCGCAUGUUGCUGCCCAGCGGCUCCCUUUUCUUUCUGCGCAUCGUGCACGGGCGGAGAAGCAAACCUGAUGAAGGCGUGUACAUCUGCGUAGCCCGGAACUACCUGGGUGAAGCGGUCAGCCGCAAUGCAUCUCUGGAGGUAGCCAUCCUGAGAGAUGACUUCCGACAGGCUCCCAGUGAUGUGGUUGUGGCUGCCGGCGAGCCAGCUGUGAUGGAGUGCAUCCCACCGAGAGGACACCCAGAGCCCACAAUUUCCUGGAAGAAGAACAAUGUUCGCAUCAGUGAUAAGGAUGAGCGCAUUACGAUCCGAGGUGGGAAGCUGAUGAUGUCCAACACGAGGAAGAGUGAUGCUGGCAUGUAUAUCUGUGUGGCCACCAACAUGGUGGGUGAGCGGGACAGUGAACCGGCAGAACUGGUGGUGUUUGAACGGCCCACGUUCAUCAAGAGACCCAUAAACCAAGUGGUGCUUGCUGAGGACACGGUGAAUUUCCACUGUGAAGUUCAGGGGGAUCCCGUGCCAACAUGCCGCUGGCGCAAGGAGGAAGGAGAACUUCCACAAGGGCGAUCGGAGGUGCAGCAUGACAACACUCUGCGCAUCAGCCGGGUGAGUGCAGAGGACGAAGGCACCUACACUUGUGUGGCAGAGAACAGUGUGGGCAAAUCGGAGGCGUCCGGCUCUCUCAGCGUCCAUGUUGGCCCAUUCCUUCCACCUCAAUUAGUGACCCGUCCUCGGGAUCAGAUUGUGACUCAAGGUCGCACAGUGACAUUUCAGUGCGAGACCAAAGGAAACCCACCACCGGCUGUGUUCUGGCAGAAGGAGGGUAGCCAGAUCCUGCUUUUUCCGAGUCAGCCCCCUCAGGCAAUGGGCCGCUUUUCUGUAUCUCCAAGUGGCGAGAUGACCAUUGUGGAUGUCCAGACCUCAGAUUCAGGCUACUACAUGUGCCAGGCCAUCAGUGUGGCAGGAAGCAUCCUUGCCAAAGCCCUCCUGGAGGUGGAAGAUGUGACAUCAGAUCGUAUCCCGCCAAUUAUUCGCCGAGGGCCAACUAAUCAGACGCUUGCAAUAGACUCUACAGCGCAGCUGCAGUGCCAUGUGACUGGCAACCCCCUACCCAGCAUCCAGUGGCUAAAAGAUGGACAACGGAUUGUGGGCAGUGACCCAAGGGUCAGUCUGUUAGACAGUGGAGCCCUGCAGAUUAUGAACCUACAGAUUUCAGACUCCGGGUUGUAUGUUUGCAUUGCUACAAGCUCAACUGGGGAGACAAGGUGGAGCGGAUUUCUGGCAGUUGAAGAGAAUGGGGCUGAUCUCCAGACGCAGCCUCCUGAGCCAAGCCUUCUCCCAGGAUCACCUUCUGCACCUCUGGUCACGGAUGUCACCAAGAACAGUGUGGCUUUGAUCUGGAAGCCAAAUCCCAUGAGUGGGGGUGCUCCUGUCAGUUCGUACAUCAUUGAAGCAUUCAGCCAGUCUUCGGGCAGCACCUGGCAGACCGUGGCCAGCAACGUGAAGCUCGAGAAGCACACGGUCAGUGGUCUGAACCCCAACACCAUUUACCUCUUCCUCAUACGGGCCGUCAACGGCUAUGGCCUGAGCGACCCGAGCCCCGUCUCGGAGCCUGUUCGCACGCAAGAUGUGAGUCCUACCAGGCAAGGGGUGGACCACCGGCAGGUGCAGAAAGAACUUGGAGAAGUUGUGGUCCAGCUCCAGGAUCCAGUGGUUCUCACCUCCACCACCAUCCAAGUGACCUGGACCGUGGACCGCCAAGCUCAGUUCAUCCAAGGCUACAGAGUGAUGUACCGGCCCAGGAAUAGUGCCUGGCUAGUGCAAGAUGUGAAGUCACCUGCUGAUCGGAGCACUGUACUAGUUGAGCUGCACAAAGGCCAAGAGUAUGAGGUCAAAAUCCGCCCAUAUUUUGAUGAGUUCCAGGGCAUGGACAGUGAGGUGCUGCUGGUGCGGACACCGGAGGAAGCUCCCAGUGCUCCUCCUCAAGCAGUUACCGUAGUCACCGUGGGGGCCAGAAACAGUACCAGUAUCAGCGUAUCCUGGGAGCCUCCUCCACCUGGAGAGCAAAACGGGAUCAUCCAGGAUUACCGGGUUUGGUGCCUGGGAAAUGAGUCUCGUUACCACAUCAACAAGACGGUGGAUGGCACAGUGCAUUCAACAGUCCUGCUGGGCUUGGUGCCAGGCAUGGUCUACCGCACAGAGGUAGCAGCAGCCACGAGUGCAGGCAUUGGCGUGAGGAGCACCCCAGUCAUCAUACAGAUCAAGCCUUCACCAGACCAAGACACAGUACCUGUGAGCAGUGGGGACAGCGUGAGCCUUGCCGAGCAGAUCACAGACGUGGUGAAGCAGCCGGCCUUCAUUGCGGGCAUCGGGGGGGCCUGCUGGGUCAUCCUGAUGUGCUUCAGCGUGUGGAUCUACUGUCGCCGGAAGAAGAGGAAGGAGCUGAGUCACUACACAGCCUCCUUUGCGUACACACCAGCAGUUUCUUUCCCCCACGCGGAUGGGCCGGCACGUGGCAGUGGCAGCCGGCCCGGCAUGCUGGCCAUGGCCACUAGUGCCUCCAGCUAUCCCUGGCUGGCGGACUCGUGGCCAGCUCCAAAUUUGCUGCGCAAUGGGAAGACCAAGGAGCCCGGAGUGAGCUGCUGCACAGGAAACCACAAUGCCACAGAGAGAUACUAUAAUGAUGCUGGGAUUUCCAAUUACAUUGCUCAGACUGAAAAGUUCGGGACAGGGGUGUCUGAUGGGCCCAUCUACAGCACCAUUGACCCCGCCAGUGAUGACAUGAGAACGUUCAAUGGAGCAUUUUCACAGCACACCACCCCCUAUGCCACAACUCCUGUGGUACCCUACGGGGCAGCGCAUCUACAUUCACCUGAUGAAGAGGAGAACCAGUGGAUUCCCCAGUCUGGAAUCUCCAGCAUCCAGUAUGCCCAGCCUGAGCGGGGCAGGGUGGAGAGCGUUGCUAAGCCCGGCAAACAGAAAUCCAUGGGGAAGCCAGUGAAGACUCCAUCCCUCAAUUGGACAGAAGUGCUUCCUCCACCUCCUUCUGCCAGUGAACUGAGCCAAUAUGUGGAGGAAGAAGAGGAGGAAGAGGAGCUAGAAGUUGGUUCUGAGGUGGAAGAGUGGUGCCCUCCUCUGCCAGAAAGGACUUAUUUGAUGGAGAACAUCCAGGAAGAGGAAUGUCCUCCUCCCCCGCCCCGUGGCGAAGCCUCCUCUCCUGCAAACUCCUAUGGGCAGCAGUCCACAGCCACUCUGACCCCCUCACCCCGGGAGGAGAUGAGAGCUUCUGAAGACAUCCCCAGGCUGCAUCACUUUGAGAUUCCUCACCUGCCCAGGCGAUUGCCCAAUGGCCCCGGGCCAUUGCCCAGAGCCUCAAGCCCUCCCUUGACUCAGUCCAACCCAAAUUUAAAUGUUCCUGAGGAGGGAUCCGAGGGCAUUGCUCCCAGGGCAGGCCAUCGACGCAACCUGAGCCAGACACCAGCACACAGCGCAGAGGAUGUGGACUCCCCAGGAAUAGGUAAACCCCACCCCAGCCUAGGGGAUGUGGCUCUUCCGCCAGGGCAGAAAGCAAAAGGCAAGAGGAAGGCCAAGCCUAGCCACUACCGUCGAGAGAAGCAGCAAGGAGACCUCCCGCCACCCCCCCUGCCACCUCCCACAGAGGACCUCAGCUGCUCUGCUCCAGAGAGUGCCCCCCCGCUGGACUGCGACCCCUCCUCGCUGGAGAAGGUCCUGGGUGCUUCCUCAGCCGCAGAGCGGAAAGUCCCCCAUCGCGCAGUGGCAGGCCCGCACUUCCACCAACACCGAGAUGAGGAGGAGAUCAUCCCAUACAGCAAGCCCAGUUUUCUCUCCAGAAGCCAGGUGUCAAGCAAUUGCUCCACAACAGGAAGCUCUUCUUCCAGGGGAUCAACAGGAUCUCGAGGUCACGGGUCAGGGCGCAGCGGGACAACAGGAGACCGCAGUGAGGAAAAAAGAUGAAACCAAACGGAGUUGGUGUGAGCAGAGUGCAAGGCCUUCGGAUUGGCAUCAGUGGACUAUGGGCCAGGGUGGGUGGGUGUUUCUGAGCUUCUAAUUUAUGACCCUUCAAAAGGAGCCGCAUGACCAGGCCCCUUGUAAAUAUGUCUGUUCCCUGGAGUUCAGCAGUCCCUGGGAGCCAAGAAAGCUGUAUUUAUAAAUCACGACAAAGGGACGCUCCAGCUUUGGGCCUCUGUGGGGCAGAUUUUUUGGAAAUUUUGGCAUUUCUGCAACUGGAGAGUUUGUGCCCAGUGGCAGGUGGGACGGGAAGGGUUGGGAGCAAGCAGCGGGGAAGGGAAUCAGCCUUUGCUUAUCCAACACAGGAUGGCGACUCCGCUAUACCAAGCACAUUCUCCAAAACUGCCCAGGUGCUCAGCCCCACCAGCUGCAAAGGCAGAGAUCGCCAGAUGCUUCUUUGGUAGCUAAUGGACCCUUUUGUAAAAUGACCAAUAAAGCUGUUUGUUUACCUG